AUAUAUCCGACGCCCGAAUCCAAUCUCCGUCUACCCUGACCAAACGUAAACCCUCCAAACCCUAACACUGUCGCUCAGCUGAGUUCACUUCACCGGCGGCGGCGCGCUAUGCGUUUCCUCCCAUCAGCAUACACUGCCGGUGCCUUUUCUCUCUUCCUUAUCUCUCGCCGCUUUCUUUCCUCCUCAACCACCACCAGCUCCUCCUCUCGAAAGCUCAAAAACCUCCAUUACCGCAACCGCACUCGAGCCCUCGCCGAAGCCAAGCUCGCACUCACUGAAUACCUUCAUGCCACUCGUGCCCUUCCCUUCACUCUUGCCGAUCACAUCGCUUCCAACUCUCCCAUUUCUCUCUCUACCUUCGUUUCCCAAAUACCUUUCAACAACGCGAUUCCUUCCGACUUCCCUCGCAUACUCCGCAGUUUCUUCGCUUACCGUCCCGUCAACGAGUUCGACUUCUUCUUCGAAAGUAUCGGCCUUUUCCCCUCCCACCCUUCACUUCCUUCUGGUACUCCACUCUUCCUUUCCGAAGACGCGCGACUUCUUGCCGCCGUCUCAUCUCUGCUUCGGUUUGGCUUCCCUUGGACUCUCCUAGGCUUACUUUACCUUGAUUCACCGUCCAUUUUCUCUUCUCCGCCCGGCCACCUUCUCCAUCGCCUUCAGCGUUUUGAGGCCCUCGGAUUCACUCGCGUAUGCGUCAUCGCCAUAUGCCUCACUUUCCCGUCUACCCUUUCUGCGGCGGAAGAAGAUGUAGAGACCGAACGUCUCUUUCGGGACCUUAAAAUUGUGUUUGUCGACUACGGCCUUGACGGCUGCGCUGGAGAUGAUGUGGAGCUGCUCCUUCGCUUCUGCAGGAGGAUUCGCAUGUUCUAUGAUAUAUGUUCAGGGAAGGGGUUUAUGGGGGAGCUUAUGGGCCGGAGCAAGAGGAUCUUUGUGGAGAUCGAGGAGUCCGUUCUUGCUCAAAGGUUGAGAUUUUUCUUGAAACUGGGCAUGAGAAGGGAGCAGAUAGGAGCUUUUACUCUGAAGAAUGUGGAAAUUUUUUAUCUUGAUCUGGACAAUCCAGAGAUUUUGAUUCCAGAUUAUCUAGUGCGUGUGGGAUUGAGCAAAGAGGAAACUGAUUCUCUCAUGGAGAGACACCCCUAUGUGAUGGGGAAGAACAAGUUAGGGAACUUGCCGGGAAUAAUGCGAGCUUUGGACCUUGAUAAGUGGUUUUGCACCAAAAUUGUUGAUGAAAGGAAUAUACACUUCCUCUCCCCUUCAUAUGCUUAUGUUGAUUCAUGUGAUAACGAAUUGGAAACUGAGUUCAUGUAUGCUUUAAAGAGGAUAAAAUUGGUAAAACAACACCAGUUUGUUGAAGUCAAGGUAGAUUUUUUUCUUAGUAUUGGAUUUGGGAAAAAUAAAAUGACAAGUAAGGCUAUUGGGCUUGUUAGUGGCAACAAGGAACUGUUGCAAGAGCGGUUUGAUUGCCUUAUUGGGAUGGGAAUUAAGUAUGAUAUGCUCUGUAGAAUGAUCAUUGCCGCACCAAAGAUACUUAACCAGUGUGAAAACAUGCUUCAUCAGAAGGUGAACUACCUAUGCCAGGACUUGGGCUACCCUAUAGAGUAUCUUAAUAGUUUUCCUGCAUUCUUAUCUUUUGAUCUGGAGAACAGGAUCAAACUCAGAUAUAAGAUCUUAAAUUGGCUUAGAGAUAAUGGACUUGUGAAAAAGCCUUUUGCCCCUGCCACUGUUCUUGCGAAUUCGGAGAAAAGGUUCAUAUUUAACCUUUCAUGUAUUCACCCAGCAGCUCCUAAGCAAUGGUUGGAAUGCUUUUCCUCUCAUAAUGAUCGCAAUGCAGUUAUUGAGACCAGUUAGAUCAUCCAAUACUUUUUAUUCUCCUUCAGUAUUCAAAUGAAGAUUGGCUACAUGUCAAUAAACUAAGGAAGAUAGUGAAGCUGAAAGUAAAUUUCAGAAGCAAGGAAACUGAAACAGGUUGCUGAAUGUGACGGCAAGCAUCUAUACUGAUAUUUUAUUCAGAAAAGAAGAGAGCUUGGGUGGGCUUACCAUUGCAGUCUUCCUUUGCUUGACUAGUUUAAUUUUUUGACUUGAGGUUGAGCCUAUGCUUGAGUUGUUUCUCUGUCUCAGUAAGGUGUUUCUUACACUGACCUUUGUGGUAUUAUCCUUUAAUCAUGAGCUGUUACUUCAUUCUUUGAUUUGUAAAAUGAAUAUAAUUGUUAAUUAUAACUGAUAUCAGUUGUUUGCAGAA